AUGGUGUCAUCAAUAAUAUCUGAUAUUAUUGUAUAUAAGACAGGAUUUGCUGUUAAUCGCAAUCAUCGUCGUUCUUCUUUGUUUACCAUUCUUCUUUUCAAUUCUUUGUUGUUCUUGUGUUCCUUCCAUGCAUGGAGCAAACCUUUUCUUGUGGCGGCAGAUGAACUGCCCACAUGUCUACCGAAAGAUUUCCACUACGAGUAUACAGAAUGUGAUAAAUUUGGUGGCCGAUGGAGAGUAUCUGUGCCAGACCCACACAAAUGUACAGGAGGUGUCCCAAAUGCUCCCAUAAGGGGCAAAGAUUGCACAUUUACGUGUGAUGCUGGUCAGUACUUAGACAUUCAAGGAGAUCAAGAAUGUCACUCUUGUCCAAAGGGAACCUAUUCUCUUGGCGGUGGUGUUCGCUUUGACAGUUGGGACCAUUUGCCACCAGGAUUUUACAUAAAAACUGAACGUUUCUCUGAGAUAAGUCUUCUGUCCAAAGACAGUCAAUACAGCACCGAUACAACUAAUUGCUCAAGUUCUGGGUGGAUACCAAAAGGUAAUUUUAUUGCUGCCUAUCCAAAAGAAUGUGCGACAUCUCUGGUUUACACUGCCAACUUGGUCAAAGCUGGAUCUGUCACUUUUGAGUACCAGUUUUCAGAAUCUGCCUCACUGUUACACUUUUUGGUCCAAAACAAUCAGUGCCAGAACCUUGAUGACAAUCGUUCCAAUCAGUAUCCUCCUGCCACUGAAGAAGGUCAAUGGCAUCAAAUAUCUCUGCCUUUGAAGUCUGGUUUAAAUGUUCUGUUUUGGAAAGCACUGAGCUUGCUCUCCAGUGAUGAUGAUGAAAGUGCUCUUCGACCAGUACUAAUCCGAAAGAUUGAAGUUAAAGGCGUUGCUUUCUCUUCUGAAUGCACAAAAUGCCGCAAUGGAACAUUCAGUGAUCGUGUGGGAGCAUCUUACUGUCAGGAAUGUCCAGAAAAUACUUAUUCUCAAAGAGGAGCUUCAGAAUGCAAAAAGUGUGAUCCAAAAACAGAAUAUUCCACUCGUGAAUCUGGUUCUUGUAAAAAGAAACAUCCUUGUACUGAAAUGGAUUAUUAUGAAUAUGAAACUCCCUGUGACAAAGGCGGACAAACUCAAACAAAAUAUUUAUGGAUGAAACCGAAACGUUGCCGUACUGAUUUGCCAGGAGCUAAGCAACUUCCAGCCCCUGGCAAAAUGGAGCGAUGUCCUCAGUGCAACCCUGGAAUGAUGCUUAUUCCUGGGGUUGGAUGUCAAUUUUGUAAAAACGAUGAAUAUUCCGAUGGUGCAUCACCUUGUGAGAAAUGCCCUGUAUCUACAUCGCCUCAAAUAGGAUACACUUACAAAUGGUGGAACUCCAUGCCGCCCAAUGUCACUUCUCAUUGUUUCAAUUUUGAAGAAAAAGAAUGUGUCACAAAUUCAGGUUGGAUGCCAGCAAAGGAAUAUGUCCGUACGCAGUAUGGCCCAGGUGAACUGGGAUAUUUGUUACUGGUCAUGGAGGUACCUGGCUUCCGUGGCAACGAAGCUGUAAUUUUGGAUAAAGAAGUGAAGCUUAGCCAGCUGACCUUUGUGUUUGAGACAAACUGUUCUGGCCAGUGCUAUCUCUACUUCAUGGUAGAUCAUCAGUCAUCCAGGCCCAAUGUUGUUAAAAAAUGGUUUGGAACUCAACAGAAACAAAGUUUUGUCUUUCCUAUUAUGCGAAAUGGGACCACAAAGUUCAGUUGGAUUUUCAUGCACUCACAAUGGAUUUCUGACAAAGGACGUGACAUUGGACAGAUGUACAUCACUGAUUAUGCACGAAUUUAUUCAAUUGAAAUCACAAAUACAAUUACUGGUGGGGCAGGAAGUUGUCAGAAAUGUCCAAUUGGAACAAGACAAGAUGGGUGUGUUCCCUGUCCUGAUGGUCAGUAUAUAGAUGUAAACACUACCAAGUGUACUCCAUGCCCUUCAAAUACUGUCGUCCAUGCAGGUGAUGCUUGGGGGAUUGAAUCUUGUAAGCCAUGUGGUCCAGGGUUGCAGGCCUUUGGUGGACAUCAGUGUGUAUCGGACUGCAUGUACAAAGAUCCUGUUAAUAACAGAGAUUACAACUUUAAAAAGCUUUCUGGCUUCCAGCAUGUGACUGGUGGCCAUCUUUUCACAUCUGCUGGAACUCAAUAUUAUCAUGGUUUCAACAUCUCGUUGUGUGGUUCUCCAAACGGCCAAAAAGCAACUUGUAUCAACAAUGUCACCACUUUACCAAAAGAGCCUCUUGGAGGUCCUCGGACAUUGACUGCUUCAAUCUGUAGAUCUACAUUAGUGCCAAGUCGGGACCACACAUCUCUUGUUUCCACACAACCUGUCAGUUUGGGAGACCAUCUAGUGAAAAUAAUUACUGAUGGAAACAUGACAAAAGAGUUUAUGGAAACUGGUUUUGAAAUCAAUGAUGAAGACAUUCAUUUUCAUUAUAAAGCAGAAAGUCCAACUGCAGCUUGUCCUAAUGGCCGUGAAACAAUUAUUACCCUUCGUUGUGAUGUCAAGCAAGAUAAACGAGGAACAAUUGAUUUACCACCCAAAUGUCCGGAUGGUACCUGUGAUGGCUGCACUUUUCAUUUCUUGUGGCGAAGUCAACAUGCUUGUCCAGUUUGCAAAGAUAAAGAUUAUGAUGUAAUUGUUGGAGAAUGCAUUAAUGGUGAACAGACUGUACAUUAUUAUCCUCCAAAACACUGCAUGAUCAUUAGUGGGGAGAAACCCGUGACCAAGAAAAAAAAAUGUUCCUCAAUUCCUUUUGCAAUUGAAAUUGGGAGCAUCUGUGCCUUAUCUGUUGGCCUACUGUUGCUGAGUUUGGUUGUUUAUUGCUGGAAGAAAAAUAAAAAAUUGGAAUACAAGUACAUGAUGUUGGUGGAGAAUUCUGCUGGAGAGAAAGAACUUCCUGCAGCUGAUACUUGUGCCCUUGAUGAUGGGGAAGAGGAACAUUUUGAUGUGGUUGACUUUCCAAAAGACACAAAAAGAAAAAGUUUACUCAAGACUAUUCGCUCAAAAAUUGGCUCAAAAAAGGACCAUUCUUUCCAAGAACUUGAAGAUAAUUUUGUUGGUAUGGGCCUCCGUACAUGGACUGACGACACAAAGCAGCCACUUUGA